AUGCAUUGUGUAAUCCUAUUAACACUAGGCAUCUGUUUGGUCAGUGUUCCAUCGAUUUUAGCCCAAGAUCCAAUUGGCCUCCGCGUAUCGGCAACUCUUCGUGAUAUUCGAUUGGGCACCGCGGUACUGGUUGACAAUUUACAAAAGAAUGUUGACGGUGGCAAAUAUAUUGCAAAUAUCAAAAAGAAUUACCAAUGGGUAGUCGCAGAGGUUGGCAUGAAGCCAAAACAAAUCUGGAUAGGUGAAAACAAGUACAAUUGGGCGACUGGAGACUGGCUCAUUGGUUCACCAUCGAAUCCAAUUGGCUGGAUUCAACAGAACGGCUUGCAACUACGAGGUCAUAAUCUACUUUGGCCAGGUAAUAAUUUUAUGCCAACUUGGUUACUUCAGCAAGAAUCGUCCAUCACACCUGACAAAGCCAAGUCUCUCUUAGAGGAUUAUAUUACUACGGUAGUUACUCGUUAUCGAGGCAAAAUUGCUGGAUGGGAUGUGGUUAAUGAAGCGAUUGAUGAUUAUGAUAGUAGUCGCCCAUUUAAUCUACGUGAUUCAUUCUGGUUUCGAAAGCUAGGUCGUGAUUUUAUUAAAUAUGCUUUCAUAUUUGCUCACAAUGCCGAUCCUAACGUCGAAUUAUUCUAUAACGAAUACGGCAUUGAGCGUACUAGUUUAAAAGCAAAUCGCACGCUUGAACUGGUCAAUUGGCUAAAAUCAGAAGGUGUGACAGUACAUGGGGUUGGUAUGCAAUGGCAUAUAGAUGUGUCGAAAACAGUCACACCUGGUGACUCAUAUUAUCAAAAUGCUCAGCGAUUUAUCGAUCAAGGAUUUGAUAUUCUAGUGACUGAACUUGAUAUCUCUGUUCCAAUGCGAAACGGUAAACCUAUUAAUCCGGCUGAUAUCCAAAAGCAAGGUGUUCUCUAUCGUUCAGUUUUACAAUACGCUCUUCAUUUCCAUCCAAAAUGUCACGGGCUACUCACAUGGGGUUUCACUGAUCGUUAUAGUUGGAUACCUUCUUUUUCUAACAAUACCAAAGGCGAUGCUUUGCCUCUUGAUGCAUCCUAUGUACCCAAACCAGGUUACUUCCAAAUGCAAGAAGAAUUAGCACGUGUUCUAGCCGAUGGUGUUUACUGUCUUUCACCAAAGUCACAACCAAACAAGUGUCUCGGUGUAUCGAGUGACGUUUCUAGUGGAAAUAUUCAACUGUAUGACGGUACAUGCACGAAUGACAAUCAAAAAUGGAAUAUUAGUUGGCUUGAUGAUGGAACAUAUCGUUUAUCACCCCUUAGUGCAAAUACUCGUGCACUGAGCGCUUAUAAUGUGACAAGCACAGUCGGUGGUGUUCAAACAACUUUUUGGUCAUUUAAUGAUAACCAAGAAUGGGUGUUAACGUCAGCGGAAAACAAAGUUUACCGUGUUGGGCCACGUGGUGCAUGGUUAAGGGUCAUGACAGUUAUUAGCGGAACAGCAGACGUUCGUAUCGUUGAUUAUACCAGUACAAAUGAGCAAAAUUGGAUCUUAACCAGUAUCUAA